UAUUUCUAAUACGUGAUAGCUUGAUGGCGUCGUGGGGUCAGCAGCGAGCGGAGCUACCGUUAACCAGGGUGUAAAGUACAGCUAAAAGAGCGCCUCUGAUGAAGUUAGCCUUUUAACCACUGCACAGACAAGGAGCUACUUAGUUGGACGAGCCGCCGUUUUGUCGUCUUGUGGUCGAAAAGCUUCAGCUGGUCCCUUUGACAGCCGUCAGGCCUCGUCGUCGUCGUGGUCCGGCAGCACUCGAGUGAAGUUGGGAGCGGACUGCCAAACUUCUGCUUCCUCCAGCGGCUCUCCGCGGGGCCCGGGGCUCCUGUCACCGGCCCUGUGGAUGAGGAAGUGACUACACAUCUAAUUAGCGCCCAGGAGAAAGGAAUCCCUUUGAUGGGAGAAUCCUCUUUCCUGGCCUCCUGGGUCAAUCGCCGUGCCAUUAAGAUGGAUGAGCAGGAGGCGCUGAACUCCAUCAUGCAGGACUUGGCCGAACUGCACCGCUCCAGCCGUCCUGCCGCGUUCCUGUCAGACCUGUGCAAACCCAAAGCCUCGUCGCCCAAGAACCAGAACGAUGUGAGAGUGAAGUUUGAGUUCAAAGGGGAGAAGAGGAUUCUGCAGUUCCCUCGACCUAUCAAGCUGGAGGAUCUGAGGUCCAAAGCUAAAGUGGCUUUUGGUCAGACGAUGGACCUCCACUACACAAACAACGAGUUGGUGAUUCCAUUGACCACUCAGGACGACCUGGACAAAGCUGUAGAGCUGCUGGAUCGCAGUGUUCACAUGAAGAGUCUGAAGAUUCUCCUUGUGCUGCAGGUCUCCUCUGAGAACUCGUCAUCCAACAUGGACCUUCUGCCGUCCCACGAGGAACUGGACAACACGGGGUUCCGGGUCACAGACAAGAAGAGCAUGCUGGCGUUGAUAGGUUCCCACUCAACGGACCGCAGCUCUCCUCCUCCAGGAUACAUUCCCGACGCUCUGCAGCAGGUGGCGAGGAACGGCUCCUUCACCAGCAUCAACAGCGAGGGGGAGUUCAUCCCUGAGAGCAUGGACCAGAUGUUGGAUCCAUUGUCCAUGAGCAGUCCGGAGAACUCGGCUUCUGGAAGUUGUCCCUCCCUAGACAGCCCACUGGACAGUGAUUACCCAAAGUCCAGGAUGCCCAGGGCUCAGAGCUACCCAGACAACCACCAGGACUUUCCAGAGUACGAUAUUCCGGUGUUUGAGAAGUCAGGGAAAGGAGGGACGUAUCCUCGCCGGUACGGCAUUCCUUUUGGCCUUCAGGAUUACAGUGAUGGAAGGAAGACUUUCCCUCGGGCUCGGCGGACGCAAGUUCACGGUUUCCGCUCUCCAAUCAGCUUCAGCUCAACCGAGCAGUCGCCCAGCACCAGCAGUGGCAGCAGCGUCUUCACGCCUGACCUGGAGGAGGUCCCCGGCCCCGCCAGGAGGCCGCGGAGGGGGAGUGACAUUGAGCCAAACCCCAAUCCAGCCGUGGCUCCGACGCUCUCCGUCAUGGACGUCAGUCCACCCAGCCGCUCCCCGCGAGCGCCAACCAACUGGCGGCUGGGGAAGCUUCUAGGUCAGGGAGCUUUCGGGCGGGUCUUCCUGUGUUACGACGCCGAUACUGGACGGGAACUGGCAGUUAAACAAGUUCAGUUUGAUCCAGAGAGUCCCGAGACGAGCAAGGAGGUGAGCGCACUGGAAUGUGAAAUCCAGCUCCUGAAGAACUUGUGCCAUGAGCGGAUCGUCCAAUAUUAUGGCUGUCUGCGAGACACGAUGGAGCGAACGCUCUCCAUCUUUAUGGAGUACAUGCCUGGAGGAUCCAUUAAAGACCAGCUGAAGUCGUACGGGGCGCUCACGGAAAAUGUGACGCGCCGCUACACCAGGCAGAUCCUGGAGGGGGUUUCUUAUCUGCAUAGCAACAUGAUCGUCCACAGGGACAUCAAAGGUGCAAACAUCCUCAGAGACUCGGUGGGUAACGUGAAGCUGGGAGACUUCGGGGCCAGCAGGCGGCUGCAGACCAUCUGUUUGUCAGGAACAGGCAUGAAGUCGGUGACCGGUACCCCGUACUGGAUGAGCCCAGAGGUGAUCAGCGGAGAGGGUUACGGCAGGAAGGCAGACAUCUGGAGUGUCGGCUGCACCGUUGUGGAGAUGCUGACUCAGCGACCUCCGUGGGCAGAGUUCGAGGCCAUGGCGGCCAUCUUUAAGAUCGCCACGCAGCCCACUAACCCCGUCCUGCCCGCCCACGUGUCGGACCACUGCCGGGAGUUCCUCAAACGGAUCUUCGUGGAGACCAAGCAGCGGCCGUCUGCAGAAGAGCUGCUCAGGCACAUCUUUGUACAUUAACCCCUCCCGCCCCCUCCUCGAAUCUUGAACCCCUGCCUGCCUGCCGAACUGCCAAAUACGGCCUUAUCUGAUCCCGCCCCCUCCACCUUUACGCUGAGACCACGUUGGACCAGUAAAGACUGGCUGGGAGAAGGUGGGGGCGCUCCUCCUGUCUCUGUUUGUAUGAGACUGCCAUAAAGGACACAAAUUCUUAUUUUAUUUUUCUCCGCAAGUUGCACCUUAACGUCUCCAACGCGGAGGAGGUUGAGCACUUCCUCCUCUCUAAAAAAACUGUUUGUUUUUUUAAAAAAAUGUUUGUACGGUUUCUCUCUCUGAGCGUUUUGAAGCGGGAUGGCGUCGGUGUUGUUGCCCUAACAGGAGCUGAUGCCUGACUCUGGAGUAAACCCCACCCUGCCUCCUUCUCAUCCUCCUCCAAUGUCUCGCUGACCCGACCCCAGAAUGUAGUCUCCUGCCAAAACCCAGAGUGACGGGCGCGCUGCUAUAGACAAACCUGAAUCCCAGAUCCAGAGAACACUCCUCCGAGAAUUUUCCACCCACCUGCCCUCAUCCCUCACCGAAGUCCGCUCCGUUUUCUGAACGAAGUGCAGAUGAAACGUUCUGAUUCGUCGUCCCCGUCUCUGUGCCUUUUUAUGUUUGAGAAUGAGCCUCAGCUUUUUGUUCUCAGUUUUUUUUUUUUUUUUGUUUGUUUGUUUUGAUUUUUGCCUCCUGGAUAAACUGCCUUCACACCAGCUGAUCCCAGUUCAGCCGUUUCUGCCUUUCUGCGACGGGGACUCGCUGUGCUGAUCAUUUCGGUUUGUUCGUUCGCCUGCUGUACCAGCGCCGCCGGCUGGAAACCAAAUAUCCUCUGUUUAGAAAAGUCGUCAUGCUGGUGUAGAAGUGAAGCGCCACAUCGGUACCUGUGCUCUCUUUCCUCCUCUGAUUCUCUGAUCUGAUUGGAUGUUUCUUCAGCAUGGCAGAUUCACAGCAGAUUCAUGAAUUUACUGCUGGUAAACAUUGGCUUUUAGAAACUCGGUCUGUUCAGCCACAGAAAGCAAUACGGAGCACUCUCAUGACCAGACUUGAAAGGUGCAGCGUGCAGAAUUGUUGAUUUAAAACAUUUAAAAAGUCAACUAAAACGCACUUGUAUCCUCUUCAGACCACCAUAGCUAAUUCUGGAAGGUGACUGAUUUGGAUGUCUAGUUUAAGGAGAGCAAGUCGAUAAAUGAAACUGAAGCUGUUGGUAAGCGAAAGGUGGCCGGGCAGGGUUUGUUUUGCUGACAGAGCUUACACCAUCCCAUGGACAGGUCAGGUCCUCGCAGGGAGCCGCGGUCGUGUAGCUUCACCAGCAGUUCAUCUUUUCUGGUUAACACGUCCGUGUCAGAGAGAGGGAAAGAACUAGUUUAAUGAUGACUCAACCAUGUUUGUGCUGUGCUGCAGUGCUUUGUCUUAAAGCCCCCCAAAAAUGCAGCUGGCUUUUCCAGCUUGUUUUAAGCUUCCAACUAUCUCAUGGCAAGGGUUUCAAACCGUGCAGUAUAUUCAGGACUAACCUCGUGUUGUGGAUUGAUCGUAGAAGUUUUUACAUUUCUGGUAUCUUCUUCCUCAGCAUGAACUUCCAUGGAGAGCAGUUUAACUCUCAUCUAACAUCUAAAUUUGCACCUUUUAAAUGUUCAGAUCAAGCCAGCCUGAGUAUUUGGAUGAGACAGAAGCUGCUAAUUUGGUGCUUUCAUGUGUUCACAGUGAGUCUCUGCCAUCAGAUCGGAGAAGCAGUGGGGGGAAACUUGAAGAUCUUGCUCUGUUGUCCGUUUCAUUUCAAACUAAACGUUUUUAGCUGCUCAUCAUUUAACUGAAGGCUACACGCAGCCUCUCCUGGAGUUGGUACGUUCAUCACCGUUUUCAGACAGACUCGCAGAGCUUCAUUCUCGUGUUUAUUGCUUGGUACUGCAGUCACUGUCACCACCGAAUCAAAUGCAUCAAAGCGGACUCGUCACUUUAUACACAAACGCUCAUCUGAUUUGGAAGCAUUGACUAUGCACACGCCAGAUAGCAGGUGACACCUCAGCUUGUGCUGAUCUCUUCUUCUUCUUCUUCUUCUUCUUCUUCUAAUUCACUUUUUGGUUAGUAAUGGUGAGGUUUCUGAGCAGCUCUGCCAGCAGCCAAUCAAAUGGUUAUUUAGGGCUCAAAUUAUGCCUUAAAUUUUGGCUGUUUGCAGCAGGUGGAUUAUCAAACAGCCCAUGUAGAAAGCUUCUAAAUGUUUAAACAAUAACGUGAAUCAGAGUCCUGGUGGGAGUUACUGUUGUGCUGCUAAGAUUGAAAUGUUUCUAGGUUCAAAGAGACGAUAUGCAAAACUUAUAUUAUCAUCAGAGCCGGUUUCUGCAGAGCAGGGGAGGAAGUGUUUCUGGUGCAAUCAGCAACAUUUGACCAGCAGAGGAAAGUGAUGGUGACUCUCUAAAAUUAAACUUCUGCUCAGAUCCCCACCUUUGGCUCUCCUACACACAUCUACAGCACCUCUCCUCGUCGUCUUUGCUGCUGAAUGAGCCAUUACCAGGACAAGCUUUUUGUGGUGGAUAGAUUAUUGGGUCUGUGAUGGUAAAUAAACUUAGAUUUUAGCUUAGAGAGUCACACUUGUGUGUUUCUGGCACUUGUUAAUGAAUUAAAUGAUCCAAACAUUGUUUGUAGCACGUGAAGGCCUUUGAAGCUUCGUUGUCCAAAUAUUUGAUUGUGAAGUUCAUAUUUUCUGUUAUAUAUGCAAAUCCAAAAACUGUUAAAUGGUUUUCCACUUGUUUGGAUUAAACCCAAUAUUAAUAGCUGUUCAUAAAUUGGGACGUUAAAUAGUCUCUGACGUGGUCUCGUGUAGCACGAUUACGGGUGGCAACAUGUUAGCAAGCUGCGUUCAUGACUUGUUGUUGCAGAAUGCUAAUUAGAAUGAACUGUAAACUUCUCAGACGAGCUGUAGCUCAGAUUGUUUUAUUUAUUAAAUAACCACAUUAAAAAUGCUCCAACAGCACAAACAGCAGUUGAGAUGUUUAGCUUACAGCUGCCUGUGUGUGGCCACUCACAUUUCUUUAAAUCUGAUUGGUGAAGUUAACUAAUAUCACAUUGUUUACUUGGCCUUCUCAUUUAUACAGUAUGAUGGCUCUUUUAAACACCGUAGCUAAAGAAAAGCUCUAAAUAAUUACAAAUAAUCCUUGCUGAAGCUUCAAAGACUCGGAUCAGCUUCUUAGGCCCGACCCUGAACCCCUGCAGAAGAUUGAUUUUUAUCAGAGUAGUUUAAAAAAAAUAAAAAUACAAAUAAUUAUGCACUUGUAAUGUCUCGUUUAGGUAUUACUACAGAGUCUGAUUUUUCUGACUGCACCUUUGUAAAAAAAGACAGGGAACAGUUUCUUUGACCUCUGUUGCCCCGACUUCCUCUGAAGACACUUUUACGCCUUUCUUGCUCUGUGGAAACUCAGUUUUACACUCACAUUAUGCAUCUUCUCAGUGGUACGUUCCUUUGGCUCUUCAGGUGGCUCACGGCAAGCCGUCUGGUACUGAUGGAGAUCGCCAACACUGGUCGUCAUAGAUACGCACUACCAUUAUGCACUAUUGGUUCUUCACUGAUGCCCUCCCACUCCCCCUUAACGGUUCCUUGCGCUCGUGCAGCUCGGCUCGGCGACUUUUUCUUUGCACAUUUUUAAAGACUGUUUUUCUUUCUUUUCAUUUUUUUUUAAUAACUUUGUGUAUGAGUGCGAGAGAUGGAUGAUGGUGAUUAUGAUGGUGGUUCAGUUAACCUUGACAUGAAUGUAACGUCUCAUUCUUGGCCUCGUUCACCACAGUGGAUUAACUCUUCGGUACCAGUAUUUGUCACCUGUGGAGCGCCAAGAUACACCUGUAGUUCUCGUUUAAAGCCACUGCUGCCACUCCUGAAUGAAUGAGUGAAUGAAUAAACGUGUGAGUGUGUGUGUUAAUGUGCAUUUACUGCAGAUGUUGCUCAUUGGACACUGCGCCUGAAAUGCCUUGAGCAUUCUGACUGUAGGGGGUGAGAGCGUUAAAAUAAAAAAUAAAAAAAUGAAAAUCAUGUACAAAUGUAUAAAAAUGAAAUUGUACUACUUUUUUUUUUUUUUUUUUAAAAAGGAAACUUGUAUCCCACAUGUUUGGUCUGUGUAUUGUAAAAGAAGCCAUGUUUAUAAUUCUAAUUGGUUUGUGACCAAUAUGCCUGUUUGUAUCAGAUCUGUAUAUCAGUGGUACGCAUAAUUUUUUAAUAUAUUUUUUAUUUUUCCUUUUUUUUUCUUCUAAAUGGGAGAUUGUAUGCAUAGUUGGGUCCUGAGAGACGCAGCGGUGCCGUUGAAUGGUUGCUGUUUUUUGGCAAAAUUUCUGGAGUAUUGCAACAGCUCGGUGUUCAUAAUUACAACAAUUAUGACGAUGACACCAAUAAAAGAUAUUUAUUUCACA